GGGGGCGCCUUUGCCGCAGCCUCCAUUUCUCCCUCCCUCCCUCCUUGCAUCGGCCGCCGUUGCGACGCCCGAAGCCCGAAGCCGCCGGAUGACGGCGCGGGGAUGGUGGCUGACUGGCUCCGGGGCCGGGCGAGACGCUAGAUCCGCCGUGCACCGACCGAGAGGGGCACUACCCCUUCCCCCCCCCCCCGCCCCGGCCCCCCCGAUUGCGGCUGCAGGGAUACAGUCGGGAGGAUGGAGCGGGGCUGGGUUUACCUUCCGCCUGGCUUGAUCGAGCGAAUGACUUAAAGGGCGGCGUGGGGGGGGGGGCAACCCUGUGACAUUUCCCCCGUUCGUUUGAAAGCCGCCUUCGUUCCGGAGUUGCCGUUUGGCAUGAAGGACGCCCUGGGCCAGCCCUGCGGGGAUCGGCUCCUGGAGCCCAGCCCGUCCACGUGAAGCUGGCCGGCGCUGGGAGUCUGAGCUGUGCAGAAUAACGGGGGGGGGGGGGGCAGCAGGCGCAGGACACAUUCCAGGGGAGCAGGAGUUGCGGCUCUGGCUUCCCCAGCCCGGGGGGCAUUUCCCCUCCGCACGCCGCGGCUACCGCACCCGGACGGUUCUCUCCAUCUCUUCUCCACCUGCGGGGCACUAGGAAGCCUUCCUGAGCCGGCACCUUUCCGUCACACCCAGCUUUGCGGCUGCCACUUGUCCUGCACGCUCCCCGCUUGGGCUUGAGACCACAACCCCCCGGGGGACGUGGGAUGUGCUCUCACCUGCAGCCACCUCCCAUCCCAAGCCACCUUUGCAUCUCUAGCCGGCAGCCUCCACACAUACCACCCCUCAUUUGCCAAGCUGCAGCUGAAGCGGCCACACUGGGAGUUUGAUGGCUUCUUUGAGGCGAGUCAAAGUUCUGUUGGUGUUGAACUUGAUUGCCGUGGCUGGCUUUGUCCUCUUUCUGGCCAAGUGUAGACCCAUCACCGUCAAGAGCGGGGAUUCCUUCCAUGAAAUUCAUCCCAGGGCAGAAGUGGCCAACUUGACAGCCCAUGGCAUCAGCCCUAUCCAGGAUGCAGUACUGAAAAGGCUCUCCCUUCUAGAAGAUAUAGUCUACAGGCAGCUAAAUGGUUUGUCUAAGUCGCUUGGUCUCAUUGAAGGCUAUGGUGGGCGUGGUAAAGGUGGGCUUCCUGCCACCCUUUCCCCAGCAGAGGAAGAGAAAGCUAAGGGGCCACACGAGAAAUAUGGCUAUAAUUCCUACCUCAGUGAGAAAAUUUCACUGGAUCGUUCCAUACCGGAUUAUCGUCCAACCAAGUGCAAAGAGCUGAAAUAUGCGAAAGAUCUGCCCCAGAUUUCCAUUAUUUUCAUCUUUGUGAAUGAAGCAUUGUCAGUGAUCCUGAGGUCCGUGCACAGUGCUGUUAAUCACACGCCAGCCCACCUCCUGAAAGAGAUUAUCCUGGUGGACGACAACAGCGAUGAAGAGGAAUUGAAGGCACCUCUGGAAGAGUAUGUCAACAAACGAUACCCGGGGCUCGUGAAGGUGGUGCGCAACCAGAAAAGAGAAGGCCUUAUCCGAGCUCGCAUUGAAGGUUGGAAAGCCGCUACUGGUCACGUCUCUGGAUUCUUUGAUGCCCAUGUGGAAUUCACUGCUGGCUGGGCUGAGCCAGUUCUUUCACGAAUCCAAGAAAACCGGAAAAGGGUUAUUCUUCCAUCCAUCGACAAUAUCAAGCAGGACAACUUUGAGGUGCAGCGUUAUGAGAACUCUGCCCAUGGAUACAGCUGGGAGUUAUGGUGCAUGUACAUUAGUCCUCCCAAAGAUUGGUGGGAUGCUGGUGACCCUUCACUGCCGAUCAGGACACCUGCUAUGAUUGGCUGUUCGUUUGUUGUAAACAGGAAGUUCUUUGGAGAAAUAGGUCUUCUGGAUCCUGGAAUGGAUGUAUAUGGAGGAGAGAACAUAGAGCUAGGAAUCAAGGUGUGGCUUUGUGGUGGCAGCAUGGAAGUCCUGCCAUGCUCCAGAGUCGCUCACAUUGAACGCAAGAAGAAGCCCUACAACAAUAACAUUGGUUUCUACACCAAGCGGAAUGCUUUGCGAGUAGCCGAAGUGUGGAUGGACGAUUACAAGUCUCAUGUUUACAUUGCGUGGAACUUGCCACUGGAGAAUCCAGGCAUUGACAUUGGGGAUGUCUCGGAGAGAAAAGCAUUAAGAAAAAGCUUAAAGUGUAAGAAUUUCCAGUGGUACCUGGACCAUGUUUACCCAGAAAUGAGGAGAUACAAUAAUACUAUUGCCUAUGGGGAGCUUCGAAACAACAAAGCAAAAGAUGUAUGCCUUGACCAGGGUCCACAGGAGAACCACACAGCAAUACUGUAUCCAUGCCACGGCUGGGGACCUCAGCUUGCCCGCUACACCAAGGAGGGAUUCCUUCAUUUAGGGGCCCUUGGGGCCACGACUCUCUUGCCAGAUACCCGCUGCCUGGUGGAUAACAUGAAAAGCCGGCUCCCUCAGCUCCUUGAUUGUGAAAAGGUCAAGAGCAGCCUCCAUAAACGCUGGAAUUUCAUACAGAAUGGUGCGAUCCUGAAUAAGGGGACUGGGCGCUGCUUGGAAGUGGAGAGCAAAGGGAUGUCCGGCAUUGAUCUAAUUCUUCGCAGCUGCACAGGACAAAGAUGGACAAUUAAAAACUUCAUCAAGUAAAGGUGUAAGGGCCAGAGCAGUCUGAAGAGCUUCACUCACAACACAAGUGACUUGGACCAAUCAGACAGGGAUCCUUUUCACAGCUUUGGAAAUAAAUAUAAAAACAGAGCUUUAUUCACGGUAUCAGGAGAGGACCUUGGGGGAAGUGGGCAUUUGUGGGGUUUUUUUAUUGUAUAUUAGUCUCUCACAGCUGAUUCCAACUGUGUGAAAUUGCGUCAGAACUGUUAGUUUCAUCUAGCAAGAGCUCUCAAGGUAUCAUUUAUUUCUGCUGGAAUGAAGCCUGUGCAGUCUUAUGGAUGGUUUAUUGACAGGGAAGUGCUGCUUUCACAAAUGAUUUGAAGGUCUUAGCAAGGGCCAUCAAGGUUUAUACCAGGACCAGAAAUAAGAGACCUUGGACAAACCCACUUGUCAAGCAAGAACAUUUGUCUGUCUAAAACAGAAAAAGAUUGCCAAGUGUGGAAGCCUAAAGUGAGCUGAGUUAAAGUCAUUAGGUAUUUUUAAGUGUCUCCUCUCUCCUAUCCACCUUCUUCUUCAGCCUGGGACAGGCAUGCUUUAAAGUGACCGGUCUCAAAGGCAUCUCCAAAUAGCCCAUUGAUUUCCCUCUCCCAACAGCAGGAUACCAACUAUACAUACAAAAUGAUGGGGUCUCAAGUAGCUGUUACAACUCAAGAAAGAGAUUUUGGCAUCAUCAUGGAUAGUUCUCUGAAAACAUCUGUUCAAUAUACUGGGGCAGUCAAAACAGCUAACAGGAGGUCAGGAACCAUUAAGGAAGGGAUAGAUAAUAAGACAGUCAAUAUCAUAAUGCCAAUACAGAAAUCCCUGGUGCACCCACUUCUUGAAUACUGUGUCCAGUUCUGCCCCCCCCAUCUCAAAAAAUAGACAUUAGAAUUGGAAAAGGUACCAAGAAGGGCAACAAAAUAUGAGGGGUGUAGAACAGCUGGCAUAUGAGGAAAGAUUAAAAAGACUGGGACCGCUCAGCUUAGCAAAGAGACGACUAAGGGAGGAUGUGGAGAAAGUGAAUGAGGAUGUGUGAUUUACCCCUGCGCAUAACACAAGAACCAGGGGGGUCACCCAAUGAAAUUAAUAAGUAGCAGGUUUAAAACAAAUAUAAAGAAGUACUUCUUCACACAAUACAGUCAACCUGUGGAACUCAUUGCCGGGGGAUGUUGUGAAGGCCAAAAAUAUAAGUGGGUUCAAAUAAGAAUUAAAUAAGUUCCUGGAGGAUACGUCCAACAAUGGCUGUUAGCCACAAGGGUCAGGGAUGUAACCUUGUGCUCUAAGUGUCCCCUAUAUUCUGUUUGCAAGAAGCUAGCACGGAAUAACAGGGAUGGCUUACUUGAUAAUUGCCCUGUUCAGUUCAUUCCCUCUGAAGCACCUGGCACUGGCCACUGAUGGAAGACAGGAUACUGGGCUAGAUGGAGCAUUGGUCUGACCCAGUGUGGCCAUUCGUAUAUCCUUAUCUCAUACCAAUUCUUUCAUUAAACUAAAUCAGUUGAAAUAAAAAAAAUAUGAUCUUCUGUUGCUUCCCCCUCCACUUAACAUGCAUGCCUCCUCCAGCAACAGCAAAACCCUGCUUCAGUCUAUAAGGCUGUUUAAAAUAGUUAUCUCCUGUACCUUCUACUUUCUAACAAUUGCACUAACCCACCACAUGCAGAAUGGAUCUCCUUUUCCCACGCCUUUGCCAAAUGGCAGCCAAAUCCCACCACCACCCUCCUGAAUGUGUUCUUCUCUAAAAACGCCUUCCAGUUUUCCCCCCAAAGUGAGUGCAGCUCUUUCACACUGAUUUCAAAUGACUACCCCAUUACAAAAAGAAAAGGAGUACUUGUGGCACCUUAGAGACUAACAAAUUUAUUUG